AGAGCAAGCAGCCCUUUCCGUUACCCAUCUAGGUGGGUACCUAGCGAACUUAAUAGCAUGAAAGUAUAGGUGUAGUAAUAUGAAAUGGCAGGGUCAAGGUUAUUAGUGUUACCGAUUUCCCGGGUCUAUUUUAUCACCGAACGUUCUAUAAACGGUCCUAUUUAUCACCUACAAGUACCUACAGCUCAGGUAAUUAACUGCUGUAAACUUCCAGAAGCAAUCAACAACACUGACAGAACAACAAUAUGCCAGCAACCGACUCAGACCCCGAAGAUGCCAUCACCAAAGAAGAGAUCGCAGGUACAGCAUCUACGCCAACAGACGGGACAUCGACCGGCGUAAGUCAAGGCACAAAGCGCAACGCAUGUAAGCAGUGUCCUCUAUCCCAUUCCACACACAUACCAUACGCAACACUAAACGUACAAGUCACAGAACUCAUGUCCCCCAAACCCAAAGCGGCCAAAGAAGACGAGCAUCCAAAAACCCUAGCCUCAACCCGCAGUCCCCUAACCCGUUCCUUCAAACAACGCGACGGCCUCGGCGCCUACACGCAUGACCCGACAUCCUUCCCACCUAGCCAAAUAAUAUACCACAACGCCGAUUUCGUCGCAAUAAACGACCUAUACCCAAAAUCAACCGUACACACGCUGCUCCUCCCGCGAGACCCGGUGCGCAGCCGCUUACACCCCUUCGACGCAUUCGACGACCCCUCAUUCCUCGCCUCUGUCCGCGCCGAGACGCAGAAGUUAAAACACCUCGUAGCCAAAGAAUUACAACGACGAUACGGACGUUUCAGCGCAAAAGACCAAGCACGCGAAGCCGUACUAAACGGUGAAGUAGAACUCGAAGAUGGGGCCGAGCUGCCGAAAGGUAGAGAUUGGGAAGCUGAGCUCCUGGUCGGUGUCCAUGCGCAUCCGUCGAUGAAUGAUUUACACGUACACGUCCUGGCGCCGGAUAUGGUGUCGGAGUGUAUGCGGCAUAAGAAACAUUAUAACAGCUUCAACACGCCUUUCUUGGUUGAUGUGGAGGAUUUCCCACUUGCCGAGGAUGAUCCAAGACGGCAUCCCGGGAAGGAGGGGUGGAUUCAUGGUCCUCUUAUAUGCUGGCGAUGUGGGAAAGACUUUGGGGUGAGCUUCAAACAGCUCAAGGAGCAUCUGAAUGUGGAGUUUGAGCAGUGGAAGAAAGAAUAAAAGAUACAUAGGUAGCUAUGUCCCUAACGACCCGUAACGAGAUUGAUACCCAGUGGGAUAUUCAAGUGAGUAGGAUGAGGCUGUAGAACAUACAGGGUCAAGAAUAUGUUUCGCUCAUUAGUACAGCGUAUAUCAAGACGUCUCAACCAAGCAAAUAAAUCAAGACGCAACUUGAGUUACGACAUAGUGGCGCGAGAUAAUAUACCAUACAGCGAUAAGGAGGAACAACAGUGAAGGUUGUCAUGGGUUUUUAUUUCUCUGGGGGAAUACCACGACGAUACCUAUAGGAAACGAGCCCUUUAAAAAGCAGUACUAAUAGUAGCCUUGGGUAGAAAACCUACCGAGCG